AUGGCUCUCGCCGCUUCCGCCUCCACUCCUGGUGUUCCCCGCGUCCUCCGGGCGGCGCUGCUGCUCCUGCUCCUGGUCACCGCAGGCCGGCGCGCAACAGGGGCUCCCGUGGUCUCGGAACUGCGCUGUCAGUGCCUGAAGACCGUGCAGGGAAUCCAUCUGAAGAAUAUUGAAAGUGUGAAGGUGACGGCCCCAGCACCUCACUGCGACCAAACCGAAGUCAUAGCCACUCUCAAGAAUGGGCAGGAAGUUUGUCUUAACCCCACAGCCCCCAUGGUUAAGAAAAUCAUCGAAAAGAUGCUAAACAAAGCCACGUUGAAAGAUGGGCAAAUAAUUUGCUUGGAUCCUGAGGCUGAAUGGGUGACGACCAUCAUCAAGAAGAUUUUAGACAAGUACAAGCAAUACUAA